AUGUCCAAAAAGUUAACGGAUGUUCUAAAUAAAAAGCUGGAUUUCACAAACAAUUCUCCCAUAGACAUAUUCUUCCAAGAAUUGGAUAACUUCUUCGGCCGCAUUAAUCAGAAAGAUUUUAAAACAAGCAUAUAUGAUGAUCUACAAUUAAACAAUGACCAAUUGGUAGAUACCCUUCUUUCGUACUUUGAACGUAUCUGUCGACUUGUUUCAGAAAAACAAGAAGAGAACAAUGACUUAAUCCCUAUUUCUUUGCAUGACAUGAAGCAUUUCGAUACAUUGGUUAAUUUACUUGUGAUUCAUGGUAUCAAUGCCAAUUUACCAGUUCCUAUACAGAUUCCGUUAGAGCAGAGAAGACUCGACUCGUUCAGAGAUGAAAAUAAACUCUAUAAGUUGGAUGUUAUCCCCACAGCGGGGAAAUGCUCAGAAGCUUUGAAAAGAAUGCUUCUUUCUUUCGAGAAUAUCUUUUUGAACGCACCAACAAGUCAUUAUGUGAGAAAGAUACUACUCAAGGGAGGUCCCGGAUACGCAGAUACUUUGAUCGGCUAUAUGUCGUUAAUGUACGCUGCCACUAGUUCCGUGGAUGCGAAAGCUUACGAACAAAAGUUACGUCAAUUGGAAAAGAUAAAAGAUACUUAUUCGUUGUUUGAAAUCUAUUCUUUAUUCUUAUCGACAAUAAAGAAUGACAAAUUUAAGUACUGGCCUUUGAACAGAUUAAGUUUGCUUGUGGUGGAACGUGAUGAUGGAUUAAUAUCUUUAGUGGACUUUAUCGUGGGGGUUAGAGAGGAUGACCAGGUAGACACAUCUAAAUUUGAAAGGGUAAAUAGAAUUGUUCUUGCUAAACCGAAAACCCUAACUAGUGUUCAAUAUUUUGACAAGUUAUUUGUCCAGAUAUAUGAAUGUUUCACGCACGUGGAUAAACCCAUCUUAAUAAGCUGUCUAAAUGGGAUAGUUACCGCUUUUUAUUUGAGGAACAAAAGAAUCGUCAGAGACUUCCUCUUUACUAAGAUUAACAAAGUACUAUACAAUACAGAUAAUACUAAUAUACCUGUCAAGGACGUCAAUAAUGUUAUUAAUGUUCUUAUAUCUGUUGGGCGGACCACGUAUACUGAUUUGAUAACUGAUAUGAUAGCAAGUUACAAGAAUGGACAAGACUUCUAUCUAAAUCUAUGGAUCUAUGCGAUGUUUUUGAAAAAAGGCCAAAAGUCAACGCCUAAAAAUGAGGGAGAACCACCUUAUUACAAUAUCAUUUUAGGCCUAAUAAAAACGUAUAUGGUAGUUACCGAUAAUUAUAAAGACCUGGACAUCAUACUUUCAAACAUGGUAAACUAUGAUCAUGAUACAUGGGAAUACAGAAUUGACCUUGAAACUCAAUUACCUUACAUAUCUACUAAGGAUCAAAAUAUAAGCGAAAGUUUGGGAAUUGGGAAACUAAGUGUUGAAGAAGAAACUACUAAAAAAUUUCAAAAAAUGCUCAUGGAUAUCGAUCCAGCAGUUGAUCUCUUUAUUGAAUUACUAACCAAAAUUGAUGAUCAGCAAGUUAAUAAAUCUAUCUUCUCAGCAGUUACUAAUAGUUGGUUGAAGCAAAUACCUAAUCUCCAAACUGAAAACAUUAAACCGCUUCAGAAAGUAGGCAAUGAGGAAGAUGAUGAUGAUAGCUCUUUUGCCGAUAAUAUACAGUCAAUGAUUUUCUUAAAAGUUUUGGAAAGAAUGAAUGAGGUUUUCAAAUCCAAUUUGUUGACAGAACCUUCAGACCUUUUGGUUAUAAUAUUGCAAAUAUUGGAAUUUGCUAAAACAAAUAAGGAACUUCCAAAAGAGCCUGAUUCUGAUGAUGAGGAUGACGAAGAUGAUGGGGAUGAUGAACAAUUGAUGAGUCCGUCUGAUACGUUUGGAAUCGCCUUAAAAUUACUGAAUUCAGUCCUCCCUACAUUCCAUUCUGCCUGUAAUGAAAAGGAGAAAACUUUACUAACUUCUAUCCGUCAAAAGACUAUUAACCUUAAGAGUGCAGCUUGGCAAAAUAUUGUUAGACAAAUUGAUGAUAUUUUGGCUCAAGAGCCUUCAUAUCAAGAUGAUGAUGAUGAUAAGAAUAAUGAUAAAGCACUUUUGAAAAAGGCUUUAGCAAAUAUUAAUGAUCCUUUAGUCCCUAUUCGUGCUCAUGGUUUGUUGCAAUUAAGGCAGUUACUUCAAAAAAGAUCUAAGCAAGUAGAUAUUAAAAAGGUAUUCAUGAUUCACAUCACACAAUUACAUGAUCAAGAUCCUUUCAUAUAUUUGAACGUAAUAAGGGGUUUGGGAAUGCUCAUUGAUAUUCGACCUGAUGAAACAUUGCAGCUAUUAUUCAAGGCCUACCGUGCAAAAGAAAGUAAAUCUAGUGUCGAUGAUAUCCUAAAAAUUGGUGAGGUUCUUAUGAACUAUGUAUCCGUCCAGGGUGAAACAUUUACAGGUAAAAAUUCUGCAGAAUUGAUUUCAAUAUGUUUGGAAAAUGUGAAAGAAAAAGAGAGAGUUGACAAUCGAGUAAGAAUGUCAUCAAUGUCUAUACUUGGUAAGUGCUUAGAACUAAAUGCUCUAGGAAUUCAAGAUUUCAUAGGGGAUAUUUUGGACUGCGCAUUUGGUAUUUUGACCUUUGAAACGAAUACAAAUUCAGACGAUGAAGACAUAAAAAAGAAUCCUGCAAUUAUGCGGAGAAGUGCUGUGCAUUUAAUAUACGAUCUCUUGUCGAAUUCUGGUUUAGGACUAUUUCCUGAAAGCUAUGGUGUCGAGAAGGUUAAGACCACUCUUUCGUAUAUUAAAAGCCAAGAUAACGACUUCUUAGUAUGUGAGCAAAUUGGUACUGUCUUAAACCAAAUCGAUAUACAUCUUCAGAAUUCAAUGAUACCAGAUAACAUAAAUUCGCCAUCUCUUAAACAACUACAACUGUAA